GAGGUGUCACAGCCUGGGCUGAGGGUGUGGAGCCUCAUGCCUGGCUUCCCCUUGCUCCAACACACUCAGGGCCACCACGGCGCUUCAGGGACAGGAGGCUGCAUAUAAGAGAACUGCAGCCAGAAGAAGGACCCUGGCUUUGGAAGGUGGAGCUCAGGCCGAGGAGGUAGAUGCUGUCCUUGGUCGGCUCACGCCUCUCCAGAUGUAGGAAGCCCGGUCAGGCAGCCAUGGAGUGGCACAAUGACACAAGCCUGGCUCUGGGCUCACCGCCGACCACCUGUGUCUACCGAGAGAACUUUAAGCGGCUACUGCUGCCACCUGUGUACUCCGUGGUGCUGGCGGCUGGCCUGCCGCUGAAUAUCUGUGUCAUUGUCCAGAUCUGCUCGUCCCGCCGGGCCUUGACGCGCUCGGCCGUGUACACCCUGAACCUGGCUGUGGCUGACCUGCUGUACGCCUGCUCCCUGCCCCUGCUCAUCUACAACUAUGCCCAAGGUGACCACUGGCCCUUCGGCGACCUCACCUGCCGCCUGGUGCGCUUCCUCUUCUAUGCCAACCUACACGGCAGCAUCCUCUUCCUCACCUGCAUCAGCUUCCAGCGCUACCUGGGCAUCUGCUACCCUCUGGCCCCCUGGCACAAGCGUGGGGGCCGCCGGGCUGCCUGGAUAGUGUGUGGAGUCGUGUGGCUGGCUGUGACAACCCAGUGCCUGCCCACAGCCUUCUUUGCCGCCACAGGCAUCCAGCGUAACCGCACUGUCUGUUACGACCUGAGCUCGCCUGCCCUGGCCACCCGAUACUUGCCGUAUGGCAUGGCGCUCACAGUCAUCGGCUUCCUGCUGCCCUUCGCUGCCCUGCUGGCCUGCUACUACCGUCUGGCCCGCCGUCUGUGCCGCCAGGACGGCCCCGCAGGGCCUGUGGCCCAGGAGCGGCGUGGCAAGGCAGCCCGCAUGGCUGUGGUGGUGGCAGCCGUCUUUGCCAUCAGCUUCCUGCCUUUCCACAUCACCAAGACAGCCUACCUGGCGGUGCGCUCUACGCCAGGUGUCUCCUGCCCCGUGCUGGAGGCCUUUGCAGCCGCCUACAAAGGCACGCGACCCUUCGCCAGUGCCAACAGUGUGCUGGAUCCCAUCCUCUUCUACUUCACCCAAAAGAAGUUCCGCCAGCGGCCACAUGAACUGUUCCAGAAACUCACAGCCAAGUGGCAGCGGCAGGGGCGCUGAGCCCCUGGGGCAGGACAGACCCCAAUAUCUCAGCCACAGCUAUUUAUUGAGCCCUUGUUUGGACCAGGCCUUGUGGGCACAGACACAGGGCAGCCUGAGCCUGGCCCUGCAGAAGGUCCCGUGAGCCAUGGAGAGGCGGAGAAGCCAUGUUAAGCUGCUCACACAAAUAUAUGUGACGUGUACUGUAA